GAGCAGGCAGGCGGGCGGGUACCGGCCGCGCGUCGCCCUCGCUGAGCUGCGUCUGGUGCAGAGCGGCAUCCAGGAGCGGCGGGCGCCUGACAACCGCAGCAGCUGCCGCCGCCGACGGCGACGAGCCUUGGAAGAGCCCGGCCGGCCGGCCGGCGGGCGGACGGCAAGCGCCAGUAGCUCAUGCCCCAGGCACGGAGGGGGCAGCCGCCGGCGCCGCCACGAGGGUGAAUGAGCCUCCGUGCGCCCGCCCGCCCGCCCGCCGUCUUUCCCUCCUGCCUUGGCGAGCAGCGAGCGCGGAUCGUCUUCGGGCCCCGACGGGAGCUCCUCGGCGCCCAAGAUGGACGGUUUCGCUGGCAGUUUGGAUGAUAGCAUUUCUGCAGCAAGUACAUCUGAUGUCCAAGACCGCCUUUCAGCUCUUGAAUUGAGAGUACAGCAGCAAGAAGAUGAAAUCACAGUACUGAAAGCAGCUUUGGCUGAUGUCUUGAGGCGACUUGCCAUUUCUGAAGAUCAAGCUGCAUCUAUGAAAAAACCAACAGGAAGUAAAAGACCGCCAGGCCUUCAUUUCCGUGGUGGCUCCACAUCCAGUAUUCCCAAUGGAAGCCCUGGGAGCAGAAAAAACAUCCAUAGUUCUGCACCUGGAUCCAGGAAAGAAACUUUCUCCUUUGCUGCUAAAAGCAGUACAGACAAAAAGAAGGACAAACCUCAAGAACAUACAGAGAAUAAAGAGGACUUGCAUUCUCUUGAUCAAAGCCCACAAAUUCAAGCAUCACCUUCACCUUCUCCCCAGCCCUCUGCACAGAGUCACUCAGUACACACGCAGAACUCAGAAGACAAGAACAAAAGCGUACAGAAAAUAUCACCCAGUGAAAAGCCACAUAGUGCAGGGGAAAUCCCAGAAGAGAGUCAUAAUAAACCAACGAGGGUACCUUCUCAAUCAAAACUGAUACCCAAAAAUGUCAAGAAUGCUGACAAACACAAAGAUGUCAUUGUCAACCAAGAAGGAGAGUACAUCAAGAUGUUCAUGCGGGGACGACCCAUCACAAUGUUUCUUCCUUCCGACGUAGACAAAUAUUACGAAAUCAAGGCAGAGCUGCCUCCUGAGAAAUUAAAACUGGAGUGGGUAUAUGGUUAUCGUGGAAGGGACUGUCGAGCCAAUGUUUACCUCCUACCUACUGGAGAAAUAGUAUAUUUCAUAGCAUCUGUGGUAGUACUGUUUAACUAUGAAGAGCGGACUCAGCGCCACUACUUGGGACAUACGGAUUGCGUUAAAUGCCUCGCUGUUCAUCCAGACAAAAUCAGGAUUGCAACUGGACAGCUAGCUGGAGUGGAUAAAGAUGGAAGACCUUUGCAGCCCCAUGUCAGAGUAUGGGACUCAGUGAGACUGAUGACUCUACAGGUUAUUGGCCUCGGGACUUUCGAGCGUGGAGUGGGGUGUCUGGAUUUUUCAAAAGCAGAUUCGGGUACGCAUUUGUGUGUGAUUGAUGAUUCUAAUGAACACAUGCUGACUGUCUGGGAUUGGCAGAAGAAAUCAAAAAUUGCAGAGAUAAAGACAACAAACGAAGUUGUUCUUGCAGUAGCAUUCCAUCCAACUGAUAAAGACACAAUAAUAACGUCUGGCAAAUCUCAUAUCUUUUUCUGGACUUGGAAUGGUAAUUCAUUAACAAGGAAGCAAGGGAUAUUUGGGAAAUAUGAAAAACCCAAAUUUGUCCAGUGCUUAGCAUUUUUAGGAAAUGGAGAGGUUCUCACUGGUGACUCGGGUGGGAUUCUGCUUAUUUGGAGUAAAACUACUGUAGAAGCCACUCCAGGAAAAGGAUCGAAAGGUGUGUAUCAGAUCAGCAAGCAAAUCAAAGCUCAUGAAGGCAGUGUGUUCACGCUCUGUCAAAGGAGAAACGGGAUGCUGCUAACUGGAGGCGGAAAGGACAGGAAAAUCAUUUUGUGGGAUCAUGACUUGAACCCUGAAAGAGAAAUUGAGGUUCCUGAUCAAUACGGGACCAUCAGAGCUGUGGCAGAAGGCAAAGCAGAUCAAUUUAUACUCGGCACUUCACGGAAUUUUAUUCUGCGAGGAACUUUUAAUGAUGGCUUCCAGGUGGAAGUGCAGGGCCACACAGAUGAGCUCUGGGGCCUAGGAACGCAUCCCUUCAAAGACCUGUUCUUGACAUGUGCUCAAGAUCGGCAAGUUUGUAUGUGGAAUUCGGUGGACCACACGCUUGAAUGGACCAGGCUGCUAGAUGAACCAGGACACUGUGCUGACUUCCAUCCAAGUGGAACGGUGGUAGCGAUAGGAACACACUCAGGAAGGUGGUUUGUUCUGGAUGCUGAAACCACUGUUUUGGUUUCAAUUCAUACGGAUGGCAGUGAGCAGCUCUCGGUGAUGCGCUACACCGUAGAUGGCACAUUACUUGCAGUGGGAUCCCACGACAACUUCAUUUACAUCUACACAGUAACAGAGAAUGGAAGGAAGUACAGCAGAUACGGAAAAUGUGUGGGACAUACCAGCUAUAUUACGCACCUUGACUGGUCCCCGGAUAAUAAGUACAUAAUGUCCAACUCAGGAGACUAUGAAAUUCUAUACUGGGACAUUCCAGCCGGCUGUAAACUAAUGAGGAACCGUUCUGAGUGUAAGGACAUAGAUUGGACAACAUACACUUGUGUACUGGGAUUUCAGGUAUUUGGAGUCUGGCCUGAAGGAUCAGAUGGAACAGACAUAAAUGCUCUCAUCAGGUCUCACAACAGGAAGGUGAUAGCAGUUGCUGAUGACUUUUGUAAAGUCCACUUGUUUCAGUAUCCCUGCUCCAAGGCAAAGGCCCCAAGUCAUAAAUACAGCGCCCACAGUAGCCACGUAACAAAUGUCAGCUUCACUCACAAUGACAGUCACUUGAUUUCAACUGGAGGCAAAGAUAUGAGCAUCAUUCAGUGGAGACUAGUAGAGAAAGUAACUCUGCCACAGAAUGACAUUACAGUGGAAAUUGGCACAACCAAAGUGCCUAUAAGUGCCAGUGAAAGCUUCAUGCAGCCAAGUACCCCUGUCCCCCGUACCCAGCCGUUUGACGAAACAGCAGCCAACGAAGGUGUAACAGAUGGUUCUCCAGCAUCUUUGGAGAGUGCUCUGGACCAGACUGUGGAGGCCAAUGAAGAGCAGAGUGAGGAGCAAAGUGAUGGCAGCAGUCUAGAUCCAGGUGAGCCAAACUGUGAAGAACCAUCCAAUGAAACAAGCGAGGAGCAGAGUGGAUCCACUAUUACUGAAGACCAGCAAGAAAUCUCUCCAGUGUCUUAACAGCUUGAACCCAGAUGACCUUUAUACAGUUUUCCCUUGGUGUGUAUACUUUUGUAAAGGGGAAGAGGGUUCAAGUGGGUAAGGGAGGCAGCUCUGAAUCAGGAGCACUCUCGUUGUUGGGUUUCAGUUGAAGGCUUUUUAGUCUGAUCUUCAGUUUUCAGUGCAUGGAACUAUUGUAAGGUUCUAUCUGGACAGUUCCAGCCAAGAGCUGGUUGGGGCAGUAGGAUGUAACUAGUUUAAAUGUUUUUCUGAAAUUGCUGUCAAAAAGGAAGCAUAUGAUGCAAAUGACGUGGAGUAGAGAAGAUGGUGGAAGUAGCUUCACCCACAGGCUGAGGAGGGGAAAAAGGCUUCUGGGAAAGAACAUUAACACCAAACAGAAGUGCUGAGCAUCACCUGCUGCGUAAUGCAGUCCAGGUGCAAGCUCCUGUUGGAUCUCUCCUUUCUUUUUUAUAUUAAAAACAGAAGGAGGGGAAAAGAAAAACAGCACAGAAGAGCCAUAUUGUGCAUCGUGCGUACUGCCUUCUUGAUUAACAACUAUGCAAUUUUCUAACACUACUAAUUCCUACUAGCCUCUAGACAUACUCAGCCCUGGCUGCAGCUAGUUCUAAGGCAAUUCAUAUUAAAGAACACUUCCCACUGUUCUCUGAUGAUAACGAGUUUUAUAUAACAAACUUAAGCUUUGCAUAGGCUUUUAACUGAUGACUUUUUAAAUUGGUGACCGCUUGUGACAUCUUUUCGAGAAGCUACUGGCCUAGCCAUAUUGAAACUCAAGAACACCUACUGUGACCUUGAUGUGAACUGACUUGAUUGCAUGACGACAAAAGUUCUAACUCUCAAGUUAAAACUUGGCCUUCAGAUACAACUCGCUUCCUCAAUAAGAGGCUAAAUAUUAGAGGAAUACAAUUAAGUUAUAAAAUCUGGUGCUUGGGAUUAAUGUAAUAGAGCGAUCACUUUCAAAAUCUAUUUAGGGAUAAACAUAAAAAUAACAACAGAAAAAGUUCUAAAAUUUCAAACAGGCUUUUUUGCAGCCUUCUUUUUAAGAGCUGUAAUGUAAAUGUCAUAUUUACUUGGAUUAUGUUGAAUUAUUAUGUUGGAUAAUUUGGGUUUUUCUCUUGUGUGUGUUAUAUUUUUGUGUAUGUUUUGUUUGUUUGUGUAUUUCUCUUGCCCAGUUUUUGUAAGCCAUGCAGCUCUGAGACGGCUGGACUUGGCCAGUUAUGGGAUAUCAUGGCAUUUUAUUAAUGCAUUUGGAAAAGUAUCUUUAAAAAGAAAUACACCAAACCCCCAUCCUCCUUCAGCUACAUUUUUCUUAAGUACCUAGCAUUUCCUACAUUUAAAAGGGUUUGCUGAAAAAAAAAUCCUACUUGUUUCUGUUUGAUUACAUAGGAUAUUUUUUUUAACUGUGCUGAUAUUUUAGAAUUUAGUUAGAAAUUGUGUUUAGAAACUUUGGGUGCGUUUGUUAAGUCUUAAGUGUGCAAGCGUUUACGUGAUUGUGCCAUUCCAAAGUGCAUCGGAACUGUCAUUCCCUUCUAGUAUCUUCUCAGGAGUUAAUGCUACAGAUCAGGUAUCUAAUCUAUACAUCAUUAAUAAUUUUGAGAAUUCAAAUGGACUCCCAGGACUCACGCACACACACACACACACACACACACACAGAUGUUUACAUUCAUUCCGGAAAACCUCAGAACAAUUCUCUUCAAAUGGAGAAAGUUGUGGAUUCCAAGCGACCCAUCUGUUUGUUCAUUUUUAACUGUACCGUUAAAUAGUAAUGGGGUUGUAGAGCUCUAGUUGUUGCUAGCCAUGUUUCCAAAUUAGGUCACUGGGCAAUGCAAAUUGUCAUAUCAAGGAAGUAGAUUUCUUUGGACAAUGUGCAAGAGGCGUUCCUCUGGCAUCAGAAGGCACCACCAGCCGAAUAGGAAGGAGAGCUUUUCAGUGGUUCCACCUCCCCUGCUGCCCCCACGCUUCCCAAAAUCUACACCUCAAGCAUAUUUGGAGGGCACACAGGGAAGUGGGGAAAUUGCCAAACAUCACCCCCUCUCUGUUCCACUGAAAAAUGCCUUUUGGUGGUAGAACAACACAAGUUAAAAGGGAUGCUUUAAGGCGCAACCUUAUGAACGUUUAGGCAGAAAAAGUCCUACAACACGCAGCAUUCUUCAUGCUGGCUGGGAAAUCCUUUUCCUGUUUAAAUAUGCAUAGACUUACGUCCUAAGUAUUUUGGGGAAUGUUUGUCAAAGUGAAUGGGAGAUUGAGCCCUCUUAACAUCCUCAGUGAAUACCAUGAAACAAUGCAUUUCAUUUUGGAAGUAUCUAUUACCUUAGGGUUGCCAUGUAAAAUGAGAGUUAAUAGUUGUGUUUUCUUCUCAUGUUGUAGGUUAAAGGAGGGGGUUUUUUUCUAAUAUGCAAAAAAGAAAAAAAAAAGGCCUUACAGCUUUCAAUUGCUGGCAACUACUGUUUAUUGGAUAAUUAAAUCUGUGAUAAUGGAUGGAAAUGGGUGGGAUUAUGUUAACUGUAGAUGUUCUAGAGAAGAAUUGUGAAUUAAAUAUGAUUUAAGAGUGUCAUGUGAAGAUGUUUGAGCCAUUUCUAUCUAUCAUGCAUUCCUGUCUCAUGGCAGAAAAAUUUGAAGAUUUAAAAUAAUAAAGAAUCAAAGUAAUGGUGA